AUGAUGAGGUGGAAUCAGUCGUUACAAGGACAGGGCAAUGCUGUCGCCUGGUUUACAGAGUCCCAGCGACGGUCUGUGAUCAAGAACGGUAUAGUCCCAGAAUGGUUUCAUGGGAUCAUUUCCAGGAAGACAGCAGAGGAAAUGCUCAUGCCCAAGCCUCCCGGUUAUUUCCUCAUCAGAGUCAGUGAGAGCAGGGUUGGCUACAGUCUCUCGUACCGUGCUGGGGACCGCUGCAGACAUUUCAUGAUUGAUGCAUUGGAGGAUGGACAUUACAUCAUAGUAGGGGAGAACAGGCGCCACCGGUUUCUGCAGGACCUGGUAGACUUUCAUCGUAGGACUCCCAUCAUGCCUUACACUGAGGUGCUGACUGUCGCUUGUGGACAGACCUCGAAUGACAAGACUGACUACGCAGAACUACUGUUUCCCCAAAUACACCCGAACACUAACACAGUAUCACAAGACACCCCACCUGCCCUUCCUUAUCGACCAGAUACUCUGAGGAACUCUGCAGUCCUGUCUCCAAACAGACUAUACCCAAGUUUGGAAGAAGAAUUGCCACCCGUCACCUCCUAUCUUCCAGCCACGGUAAUGCCAGUGCCAAUGGCCAGAAACAGAUAUACAGCCGACAGCCCUUCAUCCAACCAGCCUCCUGAAGUCCCUGCCCGGAGCUCUGUUACUCCGCUAAGGCAGAACCAGGCCUGUAUCAGAAUGGUGUCUUUGCCUAAGAGUCCCUCCACACCCACAGCCACUGAACACCCAUUUGGUGCCAGCAUCCAGUCUGCAAAGAACCACGAAGCAAAGCCGUCAGUCGUAACCAACCUAAAGAACCUCAAGAAGAAAUUCCAAAAAAAGAGAAGCAUGUCGCAGGAGGAUUUGUACACAGAGAUUAAUGUGGAGCCGACUGACAGGGGUGGAAGCACUGAGAAUGAGUACCAAGAGCUCCCAGGGGAGUGUAGUUUCAGUGGUCCACCAUUUUCCCACACUUGGACUGAUGUGAGACUGACUGAUGGAGAGUUACCACCGGAAUAUCUCCAACCUUCACCUUUUGCCCCAGGCUACUGAUACACCACUGCUCCGUUAGAAAGUAAUGCAAAGAUGAAUUGAUUUGCUGUUGAGAUUUUGCUAUGGACAGAGCCAGGCUAGUUGUCACCCCCUGUGACCAGUCUUUGUGCUAAGUUAGGCUAACAGGCUGCUGGCGGUAGCUUCAUAUUUACUAUUCAAAUCAAAUAAGAGUAUUUCCUGAAAUGUUUAACUAUUACUUAAAAAUUGUUUGAGCUUACAGUACACAGUGUGCAAACUACCUCUCCUUUUUCUUUACAUAACUGAAUCAUUGCUGCAGAUGCUUGAAUGAUACUGAGGACUCCAUUGUUUGUUAAAGCAGUUGUACCUCCUACAUACAAAGAAAAGAGAAGAUUCAGCUGCUGUCUUCAUGUGGCUGUAAUUAGUGCCAGUGAUGUGUGAAUGCUUCUUUUUUUAAUUUGUUAGUUUAUUUAACAGAUAAACAUUGUUUCACAAGAAGAAGUAAUCUAUAUAGCUAAUUACUAGCCUCCUCCUUCCUUGGCUAUGCUUUUAAAUUCAGGUAAAAGUUUUUAUAAGCCUCUUCGGUCAAUGUGAUAAAAUGUGAAAGGGCAGCAGGAGGAAGUUUCAUGCAGCGUAUGUAAAUCAGAAAUGACAUGGCUAAUGUCAGCUGCUUUGAAUCCAGGACACAUACUGAACGGCAUCAGAUGCGGAUCUGUGAUCAGCAAUUUGAUAAGGGUAGCUGGAAGAAAAUGCAGGUAGUGGUUAAACUUGUUCCACUGGUAGAAACAUACAGGUGGGUGAAAUUCGCCAUUACACAGCUUGUGGACACGGAAGGCAAAUGUUUGGUCAGACCUUUGUU